ACAAAGACCAUAACCGUCCGCCAGUUGAAAGCACUUGGAAUCAUCAAGAACAACGAUGACGAGGUGAGGAAAGAAAGGCGUGACCUCCUGGCACUUGUUCUUCGUGUCUUGAAUGAUGUAAGCAACAAAUACAAUGAAGUCAACGACAACAUCUUUAAUGAAGAAACAUUCCAAGAUUCAGAUGAAAGGUGGGUGUGUGCAAAGCUCUCACCACUUUUCCACAUCCACUUUCUCCGGAGGACGUACGCUCCAAGUCUUCUGCUUGACUACAAGGCUCGAUGCAUGAUGCAAGAUGAACUGGAGGAGCUCUCAGAAGACGAAAUACAGCGCCUCGAAAGAUGUGCCGAGAGGCAGAGGCAAAGCUACAUCACCAAGUGCAAGGAGUAUUACCAGGAGAUCUUUACCACUGACAGAGACCACCCCAUGAGGACCAUUGACUUCAUCACCAGGACCCUGAUAGAUUUCAUCAUGGUCCCGUUGAAGGACGAGAGGAUCGGCAAGGACCAUGAGUAUGUGGAGGAGGACUACUACAUCUACAUGCACGCCAUAAGGGCACUGGCACCUUACCUCAACACCUGCGCCAAGUCAGAGGUCCAACGCUUCCUCCAGAUCUGUAACGUCCAGUGGGUGAGGAAGAACUGCUACACCCACGAGAUCCAGUGUGUGGUGAAGUACUGGCUCAUGGACAGGGACUACGGUGUCACGCUUGCCCACAUACUGGGGGAGAUGUACGUGGAUUCUUCCUCCUACUUUGACGACUACAUGCUCGAGCACAUCCUGGACUACAUCAUCGCGCGGAGAAAUCGCACGCUCUUCAACUUCCGGGAGAUUCGCAACCUGAUGGUGUUCUACUUGUGUGCCGCCCUCAUCCGAUCUAAUAACGAUUUCCUCAACACUGUCAUCCUGGACAACUUGAUGAAUCUGGACGGACACGAAAGCUGGUCCAUUGCAGAGGUGAUAUACCGAGAGGGUCUGAUCGACUGGACCUGGAACGCUAAGUUUUGGAUCGACUAUCUGGAGACUUUUGAGCUUCCAGUGGAGGGCACAGAAGACAUCCUUAUGAAGCAGUGUCCCAGAGUGAUGGUUGGUGGUAGGGAUACGGGGAGUGUCGCCCAAAAGGUGAGGAGAAUGCAGGAGAGGUACGAUGCACGAGUGGCCUGGCUGAAGCGGAGGCAGGAGAGAAACAUGCAAGACCCGUCCUACUGUGAGCAGUUGGAAAAGAAGAGGAGAGGGGCAGAAAAGAUGAAAACUAGAGCAUUAGAGUGGCUUCAGGAGAAGUUCCCUGUGGAGGAUGGGGAGGACCCUGAGGAGAAACAGUGGACUCUUGUGAGCCAGAAGCGAGAAUGGAAGGCUGCAGGCUGUCCACUGUCCGGGGAGGACUUGACAUUGAAAGUGUACAGGGAGACAAACUGUGACAAGAUCCUUCUUGAUGGGGCAACAAGGGAGAGGAAGUAUGAGGUGUACGGGCCAGCCCCACGCCUCAAACCUCUCAGCCUGAUGAGGGAGCCACUGGACCUGGAUGAAGACAGCGUCACAGACAAGGAAAUUGCAGGGUUUCGCCACAAAAGCAUUUGGAAACGUGCAGACGACACUGUGGAGAGCAUUAGGGAAGCUAUAAAGGAAGAGGGGAAAAUGAUCAUAAUCCGGGAAGGGUCAGGUUUUGACGAGGGACACGAAGAAGGCAGUUACAGUGAGAGGAACAUGACGCGAGAUCCGAGGGAUGGUACGAAAAGAGUGGACUGGAAACAAGCAUUUGCAGAGGGAACGGACGAAGCAUUAGAGAAAUAUAUUGUCCAAGCCUUGAUGGUGAAACACAGAGAGGAGUGGGAUGAUCAUGACACAGCUAGUCUAAAUGGGACAAAACCAGCUCAGAAGAAAGAUCAGAGGGAGAAGUUGUGCACGGUAUAAACAACACAAAGGAAAAACAGAAAGAGCACAGCACAGAAGUGAAUUUAAAGGAAUCAACUGCUGAGAGGGGGAGAGAUCCAGGAAAGGAAGAGGUUUGCCACAUGGAGCAGAAGAUCGCAGAGCUCCAUCAGAGAGAUCUCACAGCAAAAUUCAGCAAGAUGCAGGGCUUAAAUGCUUCUAAGGAGAGAGAACAGUCUGUCAAGGAGAAAACUGAGCAAGGUAGAAAGGGUAGUAAACAAUCCAAGGUGAAGAAGCGAGGAUCCAGAGAAGAGCCAGAAAAGCGUGUGGAGUAUGAGUCUAAGCCGAGUGUUGGGGAUGUUCUGAGGCGGGCAGGACAGAAGAAGUCUCCAGGUGCAGAAGGAGGUGUCAAAGUGAAGUACAAUAAACCUAUGGAUCCGGCCUGGAAAGGAGGACCUAGCACAGAGCAACUGAUCCAGCUCUUGGGAGAAGCCCUGAAUUCCAAGAACUUGAAGAGUGAAUGCUUCGCAGGGAUGGAUCCUGACGAGAGAAAUGAGGUGAUCCAAAGAGAAGCGAUGUACUUCAUCUGUGGGUACUGCAGGAGGAUGCCAGACUUUGGGGAGAAGUUCGGCAAAUGUGCCUCCUGUAGGAGGGCCCACUACUGCUCAAAGGAGUGUCAGAGGAAGCACUGGAAGGAUGGACACAAGCAAGACUGCCAAAAAUUGGUACAGAAGUAGCCGUUUGUACUGUACAAGGCUACAGAUUGUUGAAAUUGUUACAGAAGUAGCUGUUUGAAUAUGGCUACAGAUUUGUUGGAGAAAUUGUUACAGAAGUAGCAGUUUCAACAUGGCUGCAGAUUUGUUGGAGAAAUUGUUACAGAAGUGUUCCAAUAUGGCUA